GCCGUGAUGGUGACCCUGCUGCCCAGCCUGCCCGAGGUGGUGCCAGGCCAGAGCUCGGCCGGGGAGUUCAUCUUCCUGCUGGACCGCUCCAGCAGCAUGGCGUGCCCCAUGGACAGACUAGACCACUCCCGCCAGUGCAUUGACAGCGCCAAGGAGACCCUGGUCCUGCUGUUGAAGAGUUUGCCCCUGGGCUGUUAUUUCAACAUCUACAGCUUUGGGUCUUGGUUCGAGUCCUUCUACCCGCAGAGCAUGGGAUACACCCAACAGACCAUGGCCGAGUCCCUGCAGCACGUCCAGCAGCUCCAGGCCAACAUGGGGGGCACCGAGAUCUUGGCGCCGCUACGAGCCAUUUACCGCAGCCCCUGCCUGGAUGGGCACCCGCGCCAGCUGUUCGUGUUCACGGACGGGGAGGUGGGGAACACCCAGGACAUCAUCACCGAGGUGCAGCGUCACCAGGGGGCCCACAGGUGCUUCUCCUUCGGCAUCGGGGAAGGGGCCUCCACAGCUCUGAUCAAAGGCAUCGCCUGGGCAGCAGGGGGCAGUGCCGAGUUCAUCACAGGCCAGGACCGCAUGCAGCCCAAGGCCCUGCAGUCUCUGAAGCGGGCCCUGCAGCCGGCCAUGACUGGGAUCUCGCUGAGCUGGGAUCUGCCACCCGGGAUGGAGGCGGCGCUGCUGGGCCGGGGUCCUGAGGUGAUCUUCCCUGGGCAGCGGUGCCUCAUCUACGCCCAGCUCCACGGGCAGCCCCAGCCCCCAGACACUGCCAUGGGGGGCGUCACCCUGCAGUACCGCAUCCAGGACCAGACCUACAAGGAGACGCUGCAGUUCCCCCUGCAGCCACAGGAUGGAGACAGGCUGCCUAUUCACCGGCUGGCAGCCAAGUUGCUGCUGCUGGAGCUGGAGGGGGCCGUGGACACCGGGUCGGAGGGGGACCAGCGCCGGGUGCUGGAGACCAGCCUGAGCUCGGGGGUCGUCUGCUCCCUCACGGCCUAUGUUGGGGUGGUCACAGAGCGGACGCAGCCGGUGCAGGGGCCGCUGGUGAGAUGGGGCAUCCCUCUCACAGAGUUUGAUUUGAUGGCAGGACAUUUGCCGUACGUUUUCCCUUGCCUGGACGAAGACAACCAACGCUCCUUCACCUUGCGCGAUGUGGUGGUUGUGGAGCACGUGAACCACUGCGUAAAGCGGCGCCCCCCUCGGAGGUGCCUGUUCUGGCUCUGCUGCCUCCCAGAGUUCAUCCGGGGGAGCCUCCGACGCGAAGGUAGGAAGUCCUGCAUACACGGUGCCCCGCCGGAGACCGUGCCCCAGAAAGAGCGGGCACUGGAGGAGUCUCCCUUGCUGAGGCUGGUGUCUCUUCAGAAUGCUGAUGGCUCGUGGGACCUGGACCCCCGGCUGGCUGCCGCACUGGGGGUGAGCGAGACCGAUGCCAGGGGGAGGAUGCCCAUUGAGGAUGUGGCCCCCGGCGUCUGGGCUACGGUGCUGGCUGUGGUCUGGCUGCACGGCGGGGCCGCAGGGCAGCGCAACGAGUGGGAGCUGCUGGAGGCCAAGGCUGUGGUCUGGGUGCGGGGCCGAGCAGGGCCCCGGCUGAGCGAAUGCCUGGAAGCUGCCAACACUCUGCUGGGGUGCACCGUUGGCCCUGCCGUCUUUGGGCUCUGAGUCCCAUUCCCACCCCCGAAGCUACCCUGGGCCUCCAACUGGGAAGCCCCAAGGGCCAGCAGGGGGGACUGGGUGUAGACCCACCUGGCCGGCCUGUGCCCAGCCUGGAGCUAACCCCCCGCUGAGAUCCCACCGCUGCCACCAAUUUGGAUGCAUCCGGCUCCUGCUGGCUGAAGAGGCGCCAUGGCUGCCCCCCGGCUCCACCCCACGCUGACUCAGUGUUCAGUAACCCCCACGCCGCUCACAGCUGCCGCCACCUCUCAGGAUUGUGGUGGGGAGUCCUCUGGAUCGCCGGUGUCAAUGUCGCACAUUUAUUCGCUUUUUCCAAAUGACCCUCUAUUAACAGCCCCUGUGCCCCACCCCAUAGGUGGCUGCACUGACCUCGCCCUGCAUGAGCCAUCGAGUGUAAACCUAGGCCCAUCUGCACGGAGUUCAGCUAUUGGACAGACAGACUGACAGGAUCUUUGCGUGUCCAAACACAACUUCAUUUGGUCAUAAUGGCAGAUAUCUCUGCGAUAGACAGUCUGGAACGGGAACCGUAGCCCAGGGCUUUGCACGCAUUAUUAGAGCUGCUCAGACGUUUUCCAGCUGAACACUAUUCAGUUGGCAGCUGGGAUUCAGUGGGGAAGGCUGACAGGUGGAAGUGGGCAGCAGAUAGAGGAUGCUUGCCACGUGCUGUGUGUUGUGAAUCUGUCCCCAUUCACCAGCUGCUGAAUUCUCUACCGAAGGAAGAAAUGCUUAAAACCUGGCCAUCCAACCUGACUGCCCACCUUGGGCAGCGUUGGGCUCUUCUCAGGAUGUCCUGGGGCUCAAGCAAACACUGGAAGACCUCAGCUUUUUAAUUGCCCGGGGAGAAAGCGUUAUGUUUAUCAAGGAACUGCACGAAAAUAGCAAAGAAGCAAACAGUUUUCCCUCUUCGUGUUAACCAGUGUCGACCAACCUUGAACUGCUCUCACCAUGUGCCUCUGUGCUGGGUCGUGUCCCUAGUGAGAAGGCAACUCAGCCAAUGUAAUGCACAGCCCCCAGGUCCCGUUGCUGCCCCAUGCCCUGCAUUGCAUGGAGGCUCGGGGGAAGGAUUGAUUGCCUUGAGCCAGCACUGGGAAGGAACGCAGCCCUUUGGCUGAGAUUCCCCCCAAGGGGCAGAUGGAACUCAGAGAUCCUAAUUCUCAUGGCCCGCUAUGAACAGUGGGACUUAGAUGCCAGUGGUGACAUCCUGGCCCCACUGAAACCAAAUGGCCUUUUGCCUUCACUCCAGCAGGUGCAAAUUUCAGCCUGAGCCUUUUCAGUGGCCUUCAGAUAAACUCCGUCGGCAGAAGCGGGUUGCCUAGUCCCCGUAGGCUCCUUUGGAAGCCCCGUUACCAGCCGACUUCAGUGGCCUUCGAGGCAGGCCCUAUCUGUAUACCUGAGCCUUUAGAUAGAGAGAGAGAGAGAGAGAGAGAAAAUCCACAUGCAGAAUAACACCAUCAAGUCGUACGACUGUCUGUACUCACACAUACAUGGCCUCACGUAGUGUAGCACAGCCAGUAAUGUCUGAACACUCCAGCAUGUAACGCCCUGUCCGUGCCCAUCUGGUCCCCGGUUCCUAGCUGCUCUGCUUGGCCCUGGGUUGGCUUUGGGUGGUAGGGAUUAGAGCAGGGGCCUGGCCCAUGGCGUUCCUGGGUUCUGCUCUGGUUCCUGGAGGCAGAGAUGGCCUAGUGGGUCAAGCGGGGGGUCUGAGAUUCAGGACUCCUGGCUUCUCCUGUGGUAAAAGUGUCACAGACACUAAACAGAUGUAAACACACUGAGCAGAGCAGGAGUCACCCUCAGUCUUACAGGGCCUUAGCGGGCCAGAGUCUUUCCCACCCUUCCGCCAGGGCGAAGACUCCAUGGCUAGAAGGUCCUGGCCAUGUGAUGGGUCUGAGCGAGUUCCUGCUCAUCCUUUCAGAGCCAAAGGCCUUUCUUUGGUUCCUCGGUUCUGGAAAGUCAGCCUGGCCCAGUCUGUGCGACCCGCCCUCAAGGGCAUGGAACUUCUCUGGAGCCCUGUCUCCGGCAGCGUGUCUGGAUGGCAUUGGAAACCCAGGCUUGGAGACGAGGGGUUUCCAAGUGCUUGUGUGUCUGCACUGCAUGGGAAGCCUGGGUUUGUGCUUGCUGGACCUGGCUCUCAUGGCUGUGCUAAUACAUCCACACUGCGCUGAUCAGAUUCUGGAAACAACAGGGCUCGAACCCACGUCUCAGCUGGACUUGGGCUCUGUCCCAUCCCCCCUUCGCAGCAGCCUAGGCCCUGAGUGCUGGCUGCGCUGAGCCAAUUACUGACCCAGAAAUGGUUCUGAACAAGAAAUGUCACACAUCAAAUGGAUAGUUCACGUCUCCUCUUGCAAUAGAUCAUUCAUCUGUGAGUCAGGCAGGGGGAACCUAGGCCAGCCUGAGAGGCGUUUGUCCAGCCUGUUCUUAAAACCAUCCAGUGACAGGGGCUCCCCAGCCUCCCUGGGCAGCCUGUUUCAGAGCUUCACUCCCCUGAGACUUAGAAAGUGUUUCCUGAUAUCUCACCUCAAUCUGCCUUGCUGCAGAUUCAGCUCAUUACGGCUUGUCCUGCCUUCAGGGGACAUGGGGAACAAUUGAUUCCCGUCCUCUUUAGAACUGCCCAUAAGGUAUUUGCAGACUAUCAGGUCGCCCCUCAAUCUUCUGUUCUCAAGACUAAACAGGCCCUGGUUGUUGUUUUUUUUAAUCUUUCUUCCUAGGUCAGGUUUUCUAAACUUUUGCUCACUUUUGCUGCUCUCCUCUAGACUCCUCCGAUUUAUCCACGUCUUGCCUAAAAUGUGGCACCCAGAACUUCAGUUGGGGCCUCACCAGCGCCGAGUGGAGCGGGACAAUUCUCUCCUGUGUCCUACAUACGACCCUCCUGUUAAUAACUGUCAGGGUGGUUAAACACUGGAAUAAAUUGCCUAGGGAGGUUGUGGAAUCUCCAUCGCUGGAGAUAUUUAA